CAGAAGGUCGGGGCAACUAUGGGCAAGAAGAAGCGACGCGAUGACGGCGCCGGCGAGGCUGCGCAGCGGCGCAUUUUCUGCUAUUACUGCGAUCGCAACUUUGAUGACGAGAAGGUGCUGAUUCUGCACCAGAAGGCGCGUCAUUUCAAGUGCCCUGCCUGCCACAAGAAGCUUAGUACCAUCAGCGGUAUGAUCAUCCACACCCAACAGGUGCACAAAGAGACGCUUCAGAGCAUCCCAAACGCUAAGCCGGGCAAAGAAAGCGUCGACGUCGAGGUGUAUGGCAUGGAAGGCGUACCAGAUGCUGAUGGAAACGUCCCGAAGAAGCCCCGGUUGGACGCGCCUAUGAUGGGCGGCUAUCCUGGUCGAGGGGUGCCGUUUAUUGGUGGCCGGCCGCCUCCUCCGAUGCAGUUUCCAGGCGGAAUGGCCCCUCCUGGUGUUGGAAUGCCGAUGAGGCCUCCACCUCCACCUCGAGGUUUUCCUGGGGGUGUUAUGCCGCCACCUCGUAUGGCGAUACCACAAGGUUACCCUCCGUACGCUGGUGUGCCUCAGCUGUGGGCAAGAGGUCCUCCGCCACUUGGAACUGUGAUGUCACAUCCUCCAGUUGCACUUGGUUAUCCAAGCCAACCGACACCGAUGGGGAUGCCGCCAGGAGCUCAUCAGGGUGUGGCAGUCAGCAAUACAAACGUGUUCGAUGGUGCCGCUGAGAAGGCAGUGAAAAACGACCUGGGACUGGUGUAUGCCGACGAAAACGUAUCCAUGGAAGAGAAACGUGCACUUCGACCGAAAUACGCUUACAAGCCUCUGGGAUUAACUGCGACAACGGGUGGAAACGGAGUGGCCUGAGAUGAGUGGCACGUCUGCAGUGGAGCCGACUAACAAACAUACAAGUAUGGUACGCUUUAAACGCAUUGAUGAAUGGCUUAAAAGAAACACCCCUUUUACCUCACUUA